GGUGGUGGUAGGAGUAAGGACGAAUCGAGAGUCGGCAAUAUGGCCGGCCAGAUGUGCAGUAGCUGGGUGUCACGGUGGUGUUAGUGCCGCGCGUUAUUUAUGUCGAACUACCGCAAGUCUUGUCCGAAUCUCGCGUGUUUUCAUGGGAUCGGUGAUAUACUGUGUAGAAGCAGGAAUACCGCUUGCACGAGGGCAUAGCACACGCUUCCCGGCCAGGCAAAUAUGAAUGAAGUGAGCAUAUCAUCCGCUCGGGCGGCGGUUAUGGUCUACGACGACGUGAACAAAAAAUGGAUACCGAGUGGUACCUCGGCAGGACUUUCCAAGGUCCAGCUAUAUCACCAUCAGGUGAACAACACCUUCCGCGUCGUUGGAAGAAAGUUACAGGAUCACGAGAUCGUUAUUAAUUGCGCCAUCCUUAAAGGACUGAAAUAUAAUCAAGCCACGGUCACGUUCCAUCAAUGGAGAGACAACAAGCAAGUUUACGGACUGAAUUUUUCUAGUAAGGACGAUGCUGAUGCUUUUGCGAGUGCUAUGCUUCAAGCCCUUGACGUGCUAAGCAACGGAAGCAACAUAUCAAGAAGUCUGGGUCCGGCAGUCGCACCGACGACUCAGCAGCAACCUGUUUAUCAGCAGCAGCAGCAGCAACAACUCCAACAGCAGCAGCAGCAACAACAACAACAACAGCAACAACAACAACAACAACAGCAACAACAACCGCAGCAACAACAACAGCCGCAACAACAACAAUUGGCGAACGCUCAAUACGAAGAGGACAUGGGAUACAGUCAAGGUCAUAGCGCGCGAGUCUCCUUGUCUUUGGGCCAUCUUCCUGCCGGGGGUCAAACGGGUAUCUCCGUGGGGCCCCCGACACCAACCCCCAGUCAUCAUCCAUCCGUUAGUAGCGCCGUCACCACCGUCAUUCAGGUGGGCUGUUCGCGUGGCUCACCGGCCGAGGGACUCACGAGGACUAUGACCAGAGAAGACGUGGCGAUCAUUCAGGAACGCAGAAUGUCUCAACAGAGUCAAGCAACGAACAGUCCGAGUGCAAUUUCACCGAGUUGUCCGCCAACGACACAACAACAGCAACAACAACAGCAACAGUCGGGUCAUCACAGAACGUCGUCCGCUCCUCCAGCCCCGCAACCUCAACAGCAGCAACAAGCCGUUCAACAGACGCAACCGCAACAACAGGCUGCAAUUCCGGGAAUGCAAGGACCUCUUGUUUCUUCGGCAGUUCCUUUAUCCGCCAGCGGAGGUGGACCACCAAUACCACCACCGCAACCUCCCACGGCACCACCCGCUCCUCCGUGUCCGCCUUCUAUGAUAAACUUCAAUGCACCCGUACCGCCACCCCCAAUGAUGAUAAACCAAUACGCACAGUCGCCAUCUUCUCAAACGCAAUCUCAGUCGCAAUCGAUCUACGCGGCACAGAGUCAGGGCAAUCAGUAUGGUGGAGGAGCACCCGGUAACAAUCAGUAUUCGAACCCUAAUGUUACCGGGUCCGUUGUGGUCGUAGGUCAGAAUCCGAAUCAGUACGCGUCUACCGGGCAGAACAGCUUUUACGGUAACAACGGACAAGGUAACAACGUGUACGGUAGCGGUGGUCAAGCUGGUCAGACCAGUCAGACCAAUCAGUAUGCUGUGGUCGGCGGUCAGGCCACGCAAUACGGUGCCGGUGGCGGUAGCGGCCCUAGCAAUCAGUACGGAAGCAACAGUUCGAUCGUUCAGUACGCCAGUGGUCCACCUUCGGCGGCUAGCCAAUAUGCUGCAGCUGCCGCUGCCGCGGUGGUAGCUCAGCAACAAGGCCAGUCGCAGUACGGUGUCGUCUCCCAACAACCGCAGCCACCGUCUUACGUUACCGGACAAGUGCAAGCAGCUGUUGCCAGCGUCAAUCCUUAUGGUACCCCUGCGAAUUCGGUGAAUCAGUAUGCUACCGGAGGACAUCACGCGGUUUCUGCUACCGCUUACGCUCCACCACCGCCUCCUAUGGUCCCAUUGGCGGCUGGUCCCGCUGCUCCGCCUCCACCCCCGCCCCCACCCGCGCCUAAUUCGACUAAUAAUUCCUCCAAUAUUUCCGCAUCUUCUUCCACCGUCGUAGUAUCAUCCAGCACCUCUUCGUCCUCCGUAACCAACAACGAUCCACCGCAACCUGAUGCCAAUUCUCUCGCUGCGGCCCUGCAAGCAGCCAGGCUUAAGAAAAAACAGCAACAGACGCAGCCUGUGGAAAAUAGCGGCUCGAGUACCAGCAGUAGCGGAAGCGGAGGAGGCGGUGGCAAUUACGGAACGUUGGGAAGAGGCGGAGGUGGCGGUAUGGCUUCUAUGAUGGACGAGAUGGCGAAAACGCUGGCACGUAGACGCGCUGCCGUUGAGAAGAAGCAACCGGAACAACCACCGGAACCUGAAAGUUCACCGGACAAGAAGUCAUGGGAUAAAAGCAGUUCGUCAAACAACAAAUUUUCCAAUGGAGCCGAAUCGCCAAAGUCGGUUAGAAAAAGGUUUGGUUCCGCUUCCGAAGAUACGCUUCUCAAAGUCAAUGGCGUUAACGAUGGCUCCUCGUUGACGGCACAAGAGAUGGAGGCGUUUAAAGCUGAGAUAAUUAAAGAUAUGCGCAAGGAGUUUCAAAAGAUGAAGCAAGAAAUAAUCGAUGCGGUAAGAACAGAACUGAGUAGAAGGUAAAAGACGAACAAAUUAAUCCGCAUGACAAAAAUGGAUGCGAAGACACGAAAAGGAGAGAUAUUUGAAGUAUAGGAGAAAGGAAGAGAAAGGGAGGAGGGUGGUCAAAAGAUGAAGAGGGAGAGAAAAACGAAAGAUUUGAUUAGAUAGCUCGAUCGAAGCAUUAUCGACUACAUUAACACACACGCAUACACACACAUCUCACAUAUACAUGCACACAUACAAGUUUUUAUUACAUAUUUGCGAGAACGCAGUGUAGUUAUACCAUGUAUAUCGAUCAUUUGUGUGUAAGUACGUUAUCCUAGCUUAGGUAUCUUAAGUGAUGAUCGUACUCCCUUUGUUACCUAUUACAACAAACAAUAAUCGUCAAUUGCCGUUGGAUCAAUUGAGCCGCACAAAUCGUGAUGAUUAGAAUUUCAAUUUAGGAUUCACUAUACGCACAUGAAGGCGAUACACCGAUGUCAUUAAGUUUAAAUCUAAUAUUCACGCACAUCAUAUUGAUGCUAUCUAAUAUUUAAUCAUUUUUUUUUUUUUUAUAGAAAAAAAAUUUUUUUUUUUUUUUUUUUUUUUUUUUUUUUUUUUUUUUUUUUUUUUUUUUUUUUUUUAUACAUAAUCACGAUGAGUUAUGUAAUAGAAUCGUCUUUUUAAAAUGUUGAUUUUUUAUUUGAGUUUUAACAUCGACGAAUUUUUACAAUAUUUAUUGUAAUGAAAUUAUAUGAGAAAGUUAGCUCAAUUGACGCAACGCGACGCGGUUCAUUAUCUAUAUAUAUUUUUUAAUCUGAUAUAUGAUCAAGUAGGAUUUUUAAAACAUUUAUAAUAACGUUAAGGCGACAGAUAGAAAAAAAAAAAAUUAACGGUCUCGUUAUAUAAUAUACACACACACGCAUACACAGGUAUAAAUGUACAGAAUUCAUUCACCAACGUCGUGGCACAUUUUUUCCAAUCCUUGACAUAAUUACGAAAAAAGUGAGAGAGUGAGAGAGAGAGAAAAAGCGAAAAAGAGAGAGAGAGAGAAAGAGAGAGAGAGAGAAAGAGAAAGAAAGCGAUAUAUCAGUUAGUUUCGUCAUAGAUUUUCACCGAAGUUUCGAAUGAAUCUUAAUUGCAGUAACGCAUCCUAUUUACGUCAGGACGACGGUACAUUCCAAAUGCGAACAGAAGAUCGAAAUGAAAUUCGCUUUUGUUCGUCAUAUUUUAACCCUUUUUUUACUUUUAUAUUUUUUUAUACAAUUAUCGUUUUUUAAUUCUCACAGUCCAUCGCUUUAAAGAAAAAAAAAAAAAAUAAAUAAAUAAAUAAAAAAUAAAAAUAAAGAAAACAGGCCACGACUUUGGACAAUCAAAUUCGCAAUAUAUUUCCUACGUCUUGGGUUCGAACAACACGCAUAUAUAUAUAAAUAUAAAUAUAAAUAUACAUAAAAUAAAUGCGUUAUAAAUAAU